AUGGAAUUCUGGCGCAAGAUGAAGUUGCGAUGGGAUUCGAACGUCACAACUGUAUUAGACGAUUAUACAGCACGCAGUUCACAAGAAUUAAGUGUAAGUAAAGGACAACAUGUUCGUGUCGUACAACGACAACCACCAAAUGCACCUGAUUGGUGUCUUAUACGUGUAUUGAAUGAACAUUAUAAUCCAUUGAGUCCACCAUCACUUGCUACAUCAUCAACAACAAUAACAACUGGUUCAAUUGAUUUACCAUCACCAUCACCAUCACCAUCAUCAUCUUCAAAAUAUAUUGAAGGACUUGUACCAGCAGCUAUUCUUAAAUCAACUAAAUCAUCAGCAUCAAAUAUUCAUCCAUUACCACCAUUAGCUCUUUCAACAAGUGCUAAUAAAACUGAACAAGAUUCUAAUACAGACGAUUCUCAAUCAAGACCACAACAAUCACCAGCUGUUCAUUUUAGUAAACGUAAAGCUAGUUUUAGGCGAAUUCUUAAAAAUCCUGUUCGACGUCUUAGCUUAAAAGAUAAUAAUAGUAGUAAAGAUGUUAAAAAUUCAACACCACGUGAUUUAGUAACUACAUCAACAUCUAUUAUAUCAACGGAUAGUGGUGAUGGUACAUCGAAUAAUAAUAAUAAUAAUAAUAAAAAACAAUCCACAUCAUCAUCAAAUUCCACAACAUCAACAAAAAUCAAAGCAUUCACAUUUACAAACUCCGAUGAUUUGACGUUGUUUCCUGAUGAUACGAAUUCAUCAAGUAAAUUAAUGGAUGGUAAUGCUGGUAUGAAUGGUAUUUAUAAAAUGACUGAAUCAUCUUCAUCACCAUCAAGUGUAACAACAAUUAUAUCUCCAUCAACAACACUUGCUGGUGAUGAUUUAGAAAAUGAUGUUAUUGAAGUACCACCACCAAUGGAUAUUCAAGUUCAACCAAAAUUAUCUGCUGAUACAAAUGUUGAUAAAGUCACUACGGACGAAUCUUCUUCACUCGUAAUUGAUACAAUUGCACUGGAGUCGUCCAGAAGCCAUAGUAGAAAUGUAUCAACGCGUUUACGUAAAGUACGCGCACCACCAUUAACAUCUGUCACUCCAAUUGAAGAUGAUUCGGUUAUUGCUCGACUUGUUCAGCAUGUUGCACCUCUCAGUAUUGUUGCUGGACUUUCAGCAAGUGAUUUUCAUAUCCCGUCUGCUUUGUCAGUGACGACACCGUCCGUCAAUGAUGUUUCGACAACGAGUAGUUCGAUGCCAUCGUCAAGUAUUCUACAACAAUAUUCAUCAACAAUACCAACAUCAUCAUCUCUAUCGUCAUCUCCAUCAACAAUAACAACAACUACUAAUAAUAAUAAUAAUAAUAAUCCUUUAUUAUCUUCGUCAACAUCAACUGUGAUUCCAAAUGAUAAUCUUAAUGAACAAACUGAUGAAAUAUCUUUACAUGAUAUUGAUGCAAGUAUUGAUCAAUCAUUAGCAUUACAUAGUUCAACACCAACAACAACAAAUGAUGAACAUAUUGAUGAUCGGACAAAAUAUGGUGAAAAACGAAGACAUAAUAUUAUUGAAUUAAUUGAAACAGAAAAAGAAUACGUCAAAGAUUUGGCAUUGAUUGUUGAAGGUUAUAUGAAUGUUCUUGAAAAUGAUAAAGAUAUUAAAAAACCAACAGGUCUUGUUGGUCUUGAACGUGUUGUUUUUGGUAAUGUACAGAGAAUUUUUGAAUUUCAUCGAGAUACAUUCUUACCACAACUUGAAGGAAGUAUUGAAAAUCCUGAUAUACUCGGUCGAUUAUUUACCACAAAUCGAUUUAGUCCUUAUGUAAGAUAUUGUGAAAAUAAACCACGAUCAGAAUAUAUUGUUUCGGAAUAUCAUGAUUAUUUUGAAGAAGUUCGUAAAAAACUCGGUCAAAAAUUACUUGUAUCAGAUUUAUUAAUAAAACCGGUACAACGAAUAAUGCGUUAUCAAUUAUUACUUAAAGAAAUUCUUAAAUCAACUGAUCGUAUGGGUGAUGAAUCACGUGCUAUACGUAGUGCUUUACAAGUUAUGAUUGAAGUACCACGUUUAGCAAAUGAUAUGAUGAAUGUUGGUCGUAUAAAAGAUUUACCAACAAAUGUACAUCAAUUAGGUGAACUUAAAUUACAAGAUAUGUUAUCUGUUAGUGAACCAAUAACAAAAGAAACAAAAGAUAUAAAAGAUAUUGAAAAAAAAUUAAAAGAACGACGAGUUUUUUUAUUUCAACAAGCUAUGGUUUUUUCCGAAGAAUUACCAGCUAAAGAUAAAUAUUCAAGUCCAAAUUAUAUUUAUAAAUAUGAUUUAAAAAUUAAUAAAUUACAACAUAAAGAAUUUAAACGUAAUAAAGAAUUAUUUCAAUUUACAUUAGUCGAAGUUGAUGCUGGUAAUACACGUCGAGUUAUAUGUCAAUGUAAAGAUGAUGAACAAUAUGAAUUAUGGGUUACAAAUGUAGAGAAAGUGCUUCAACGUCAGAUGGAUCUUAUCAUAGCUCUAACUAAUCCAACAGCUGCUCUACAAAAAGAGCAAGACUCGUCUAUGUCAUUGUUUAUACCAAGUCUCGUAACACCAACAUCUCGUAAUCAAAUAAAAAAAUCUAUGUCUGAUCGUUCUACUAAAUCUCCUGAAUCCUUAUCACCAACACAUCAUUUAUCAACAUCACCUAAACUAUCUAAUCCAUUAAUAUCACCAUCUCGAACAUUAUCAAAUUCUGAUACAUCACCAUCACCAAUACCAACAACAGAAAAUUCAAAUAAAAAAUCAGCUUUUAAUUUAUUUGAUUCGUUUUUACAACGUUCAGUAACAAAACCAUUAACAAUAAAUACUUCAACACAUCAUGAUAUAACACAACAAAAAAAAUUAACAACACCAUCAUUAUCAUCUUCAUCAAUAUCAAAUACACAAUUACCAGAACAAGCUCGUUGUUUACAUAGUUAUAAUGCAAUAAAAGAAGAUGAAAUAUGUGUUCAUAAAGGUGAAUAUGUACAAAUUGUUGCUGCUAAUCAAGAUAAUCGAUGGUUUGUUCAUCGUGAUGCUAAUCGUACAUCACCAGCAGCUGAAGGUUGGAUACCAGGUUUUGUUCUUGGACUUAAAAAUCCUAAUUCAACUAUACAUCAUAAUUUAUCUCCAUCACCACCACCCCCAUCAUCAUCUUCCCAACAACCGACAUCAUCAUUAUCAGCUAAUAGUCUUCAUCGCUUAACAACAACAUCAACAACUCAUCAUCCAACAAUUACUUAUGAAUCAACUUUACCUCCUAAACCUCAAACGAGUACUUGCGACAAGCGUCUUAGUGGUGUUUUACGUUAUUGCGGACCUGAAUUGAAUAUAUCUGUGCAUGAACGAAGUAUUUUUCUUGGUCAAUCAUUAAUUCUUCAAGGUCAUGUUAUUGGUAAUCCACGACCAGCUAUUGUUUGGCAACAUCCACAUGGUCAUACAUUAGUUGAUGAUAGUGUGAAUAUACAUACACAUUAUGGAGAUGAUGGAACAAUUCGUUUACAAAUUCGUUGUGUAUCUAUGCAAGAUGCUGGUAUAUAUGAAUGUAUAGCUACAAGUUCUCAAGGUACUGUUUCACAACAAAUUCCUGUUCAAAUAAAAGAUUCGAAUGAUCAUCAUAAACUUGAACAAGUUCGUUGGUCACCAAGAUAUCGACCAAAUGAAUAUCACGAAAUGAAUGAAAUAGCUCGAGGACGUCAUUCAAUUGUUCGUCAAUGUAUUCAUAUAUCAACCGGUGAUGUAUGUGCUGUAAAACUAAUAUCAAAAAAAAUUAUUUCACAUGAACGUGCUUUACAUGAAUAUGCUCUUGUUUCAUCUAUAUGUCAUGAUUCAAUUAUACGAGUAUUUCAUUUUAUUGAAACAAAUUCAUUUUCAAUAAUUAUUUCCGAAUUAAUAUCCGGUGGACGUUUAUUUGAUUAUCUUUGUUUACAAUCAAUUAUAAUUGAACAAAAUAUAGCAAAAUAUAUGAAACAAUUAUUAGAUGGAUUAAAUUAUUUACAUCAUUGUAAAAUUGUUCAUUUAGAUAUACAACCGGAAAAUCUUCUUAUUAAUAUUGAAUAUGAUCAAAUAAAAUUAUGUGAUUUUGGUGAUUCAAUUCGUUUAUCAAAUAUGAAAUAUGUUCAUCGUAUGAGUGGAAAUAUUGAAUUUGCUGCACCAGAAUUAAUUCAUGGAAAUAUUCCUGUUCAUUAUAAAACAGAUAUUUGGUCUAUCGGUGCCAUUUUAUAUACAUUAUUAUCUGGUCUUUCACCAUUUCUUGAUGAAACUGAUGAACAAACAUGUGCGAAUAUCAUAAAUAUCGAUUUUAACUUUCCUGAAAGUCAAUUUCCGUAUGCAUUUCAAGCUGUAAAAGAAUUAAUUCAAACAAUUUUUGUUCGUGAACCAAAUAAUCGUCCAUCAGCAAGUGAAUGUUUAAUGAAUGAAUGGUUUCAUCAUGCUGGUCAAUAUCAAAUAUCAACAACUAAUUUAAAUAAUUUUAUUGAACGAAGAAAAAUUUUAAGUGAAAAAUCUUAG